AUGCCCCGUUCUAGGAAAUUGAUCAUUGCUUUCCUUGUGAGGAAUUUAUCAAUAGUAUUCAAUUUCGCUUCUUUUCUUUACGUCUUUCUUUCUUUCUUUCUUUCUUUCUUUCUUUCUUUCCUCACCCUCUGUCAUUCUCUCACUUUCUUUCCUGGACUAUUCCAUUUUCUUUUCUUCGGCGCGAUCCGCAAGUGUGGAAGUCUGUACACACGCCAGAGUACACGUAAUAUAAAUGGCGCUGUCGAUAAUCUAUCUAUCUAUCUAUCUAUCUAUCUAUCUAUCUAUCUAUCUAUCUAUCUAAUUAUGUUUAUCUAUCAAGAUGACUAUCUAUGUUCAUCUAUCUAUCUAUCUAUCUAUCUAUCUAUCUAUCUAUCUAUCUAUCUAUCUAUCUAUCUAAUUAUGUUUAUCUAUCAAGAUGACUAUCUAUGUUUAUAUAUCAAAAUGACUAUCACAAUAUGUUCAUCUAUCUAUCUAUAUCUAUCUAUCUAUCUAUCUAUCUAUCUAUCUAUCUAUCAAGAUGACUAUCUAUGUUUAUAUAUCAAAAUAACUAUCACAAUAUGUUCAUCUAUCUAUCUAUCUAUCUAUCUAAUUAUGUUUAUCUAUCAAGAUGACUAUUUUUAUAUAUCAAAAUGA